AUUCAAUCUUUCAACACCACUCCAUUAGUCUAGAUAUUGAAAUAAUGCUAGCGUUGGUUACCAAAGGCUCUGCUGCCUUGGCCAGCAUCUCGGCUCAUCGUCCGAUCCAUAUCAUUCUCGUGACGGCCCUUUUAGCAUCCAUCUCGUACUUAUCCGUGGUUGAUGAAUACAUCCCUGAAUACUUCCGUAAUGGGUCUCUUCUCGGAGUAUCCUUCUACCACCCUGGUGGCUCGUCUUCCUACGCCGACUGGGUCCCAAUCACCGACUUGCAACAAUACCCUGACGCUGAACACAUUGUAUUGGCUCCUUUAAGAUUUAAGAGAGCUUCUUCAACUAUUCCUGAAAUUUCUAUUCCUGAUGUGAAUGUUUUCCGUAGUACCGCUGACAAUGAAUGGUUCCUUGCUGCCUCCAGCGACCAUAUCGAGUCUGCUCUUGCAUCCAUUGACAAAUUAUCGUCAGGUAAUGUCACUUGGAAGGCUCGUCAUGCCAACAGAAUUACCAAAUACUAUGAAUACCUCAAAUAUGGGGUCAAGAAAAUCAAGUCACUCAUCCAAGGGGCUGAAAACUUUGACAUUGCCCUCAUCACUUUGGCCUACGUUGCCAUGUGGUACACUUUACUCAAGGUUUUCGUUGAUAUGCGUAAAAUGGGUAGUAACUUUUGGUUAGCAUUUUCCACUUUAACCCUGUCAAGUUUUGCCUUUUUAUUUGCCCUUGUCAUUACCACCAAAUGGUUCCCUGAAAAUAGAGUUUCUCUUAUUAGUCUUACUGAAGGAAUCCCAUUCUUGGUGGCUAUCAUUGGCUUCAAACAUAAGAUUUCCAUCACUGGUUCUGUUUUGAAAGAUCUGACCGUUGUUUCUCUGCCUGAUGUCAAGACCAUUGUCUCUAGAGCCAUUCUGGCCCAUACUAUCAGUUUGUUGAGAGAUAACUUGGUUGCCAUUGGAGCUUUAAUUGCCUGUGCUUCUUAUGCUCCACAAUUGAACGGCUUACGUAACUUCUGUAUCUUGAGUGCCCUCAUCUUAACUUUUGAUUGGCUCUUGAUUUAUACCUUUUUCUCUGCCAUUUUGGCUCUUAAGGUUGAAAUUAAUCGUGCUAGACGUACUGAAGAUUUGAAAGAAGCUCUUGAAGAAGAUGGAAUUCUGUCACUUGUUGCCGAAUCUGUUGCUCUGCAACUGACUCGUAUUGAACAUCCAAAUGAUGAAGUUUCUAUCUUUAACGAUACUUCUUCCUUUUCCAUUGUUUCAUUCAAGUUUGCCAUGGUUGCCGCCUUUGUUGGUUUCCAUAUCUUUUGGAUUAGUGGUAGUUGGUUGAAGGGUGAUGAAGAUAAAUUACUCCUUACUUAUGCUCCAAACUUAUCAAAAUCUAUGGCCAAACAUAUUAAAAUUGGUUCUAAUGGUACCAUUGUUACUUUGAUGAACCCAAGAGUUUACAUGCCUAUGGGUAUGCUUGUACAAGUUGAAGAUUUCAUUUUGAUUUGUAUCGAAAAAGUUAGUUCUGCCAUUAGAGAUAGUCUUAUCUCUAAAUUUUUGUUAUUUGCCUUUGCUAUUUCUAUUUCUACCAAUGCUUACUUUUUGAAUGCUUCCAGAUAUCAAGUAUCUGCUACCAACAAAUUGAUCGAAAAGGAAGUUAAUAGACCAAGAAGAUCCUCAAUUAAGGAAUCUAAAAAGGUUGCUUCUGCUUCCACCCCCGUUGCAUCCACCACCGUUAAAUCUUCAUCCAAGAAGGAUAAUGUCACUGAAGACUCCAACUCUUUGACUUCUUCAUCGUCUGAAUCACUUGAACUUGUCGCCCGUCCAACAACUUUAAAGCCACUUGAAGAAUGUGCCCGUAUUCUUAAAGAAGGUAAGGUUUCUACCCUUAAUGAUAAUGAAAUUUCAUCCCUUGUGGUUUCUGGUAAACUUCCACUUUAUGCUUUAGAAAAGCAACUUGGUGAUAACACCAGAGCUGUUGCUGUUCGUCGUUUGGCUGUCGCCAAGCUGGCAAAUGCCCCAGUCUUGGAAACUCCUCGCUUACCUUAUUUGGGAUACGACUAUAACCGUGUUUAUGGUGCCUGUUGUGAAAACGUUAUUGGAUAUUUACCAUUGCCAGUUGGUGUUGCCGGUCCUAUGAUCAUUGACGGAAAGCCAUACCAUAUUCCUAUGGCCACUACUGAAGGUUGUCUUGUUGCAUCCACCAUGCGUGGUUGUAAGGCUAUUAAUGCUGGAGGUGGUGCUCAAACUGUCUUGACUCAAGAUGGUAUGACCAGAGGUCCAUGUGUUAGAUUCCCAUCGUUAGCUCGUGCUGGUGCUGCCAAGAUUUGGUUAGACUCUGAAGAAGGUCAAAAAACCAUCAAGAAGGCUUUCAACUCCACUUCUCGUUUUGCCCGUUUACAACAUAUCAAGACCGCCAUGGCUGGUACUUUACUUUUCAUCCGUUUCCGUACCACUACUGGUGACGCUAUGGGUAUGAAUAUGAUUUCCAAGGGUGUAGAAUUCUCCCUUAAGUUUAUGGUUGAGGAAUGUGGAUGGUCUGAUAUGGAUGUUAUUUCAGUUUCCGGUAACUAUUGUACCGAUAAGAAGCCAGCUGCCAUCAAUUGGAUUGAAGGUAGAGGUAAAUCUGUCGUUGCUGAAGCCAUUAUCCCAGCCGAUGUUGUUAAGAAGGUUCUUAAGUCCGAUGUUGAUGCUCUUGUUGAAUUGAACGUAAGUAAGAACUUGGUUGGUUCAGCCAUGGCUGGAUCUAUCGGUGGAUUCAAUGCACAAGCUGCUAACUUGGUUACUGCUGUGUUCUUAGCUUGUGGUCAAGAUCCUGCCCAAAAUGUCGAGUCUUCCAACUGUAUAACUCUUAUGAACAAUGUUGGUGGUGACUUGCAAAUCUCUGUCUCUAUGCCUUCGAUUGAAGUUGGAACCAUUGGUGGAGGUACCAUUUUGGAACCUCAAGGUGCUAUGCUUGAAUUAUUGGGUGUUCGUGGUCCUCAUGCUACCAACCCAGGUGAAAAUGCUAGACAAUUGGCCAGAAUCGUCGCUUGUGCUGUAUUAGCUGCCGAGCUUUCUCUUGCCUCUGCUUUGGCCGCUGGUCAUCUUGUCCAAUCCCACAUGCAACAUAACCGUGCUGGUGCGGCCGCUGCUCCAGCUAACGGAUCAGCACCAACUGCUCCUGCAACCACCCCGGCCGUCAGUGCCGCUGAAAUUGCCCGUCUUAAGGAAGGCGCAGUGAACUGUAUUCGUUCAUAGCAUAUAUAGAUUCAUGUAAAUUAGUUCUGAAU